AUGCGAUGCGCGAGCAAGGCCGCCGAAGCAGAAACUGCAGCAACUGAUGUCUCAUCGGUUGCUGAAGCGAAUCAGCCUGUGUCACCUGGUUAUGCAGGCGCUGGUCAUGAAGACACUCAUGUCUUCACAGAGUAUGAGCUCGGAGUCUCAUGCUCUCCUGAUACGGAAGACGGAUCCGUAUCGACGGCGAUCGAAUCUAAGCCGCCUGCCAAGCGUGGCAUGGAUGAUGCUAUGCGUCGUAGUAUCUUUGGUUCGUCUGACGAAUCAGACGAACCAUCGCCGAAGCGAAGGCGCUCGAGGUCGCGAGACUCGGGCGCUAACAGUGGUGUCGGUUCUCCUAUGGACACCACUUCGCAACGAGGUGCCAGUCCUCUUGUCGGCACGUCGCAGGAAGAGCGGGACCGCAGCGUGUUGCGUCUCGCUCCUGAGAAGAAGGCAUGGAUGCCUCCUAAAUCUGUCAUGGAUCACUUGUCGGCGACGACGAGUGAUCGUUAUCGAACACGGUUGUUCGAUUCGUCAAGGAUCCAUCACCUUGAACCCAGCGCGGAAAACUAUCGCGCUGAGAAUGAAUUCUUCAUCGAUGCUUUCUUUAGACAUCGAUGGUACAGGGGAAAUCACAAACGUGAUGGUUCCUCAUUGCUUCAAGCGUGGAACGCCUACAUCCAUAACCUUGAGGAUGUAGGUCGUGACGCUUGGAACGACAAACUUAUCAAAGCUCGUGAUAAGUUUGAAAAGCGAACCCCGACAGGUGCACGCUACAAGCUGCAUCGUCUGUCAAGGGAGAAAGGAUUACCCUGCCUCUCUUGGGGAGACUCGUGCCCAUGUUGUGUGAACAACUCUUCACGAGCACCUAAGGAGGCUUACCUCCUUACCAGCCCGUGGUGGCGCGUACGUGUCUCUACUGAGAUGUACGAAGGGAUUGACAACCUGAAAUCCCUUUACGACCGUGCCGGGAAGACUUUCUCCGGCGGUCCUUCUGCUGCACAGGAUGUGCCGCGUCGUACUGCUCAACCAGACCCAGUACGUCAACCAUCAGUUGGGAGCGGGGCUCCCAAGAAUCCCAGGACGGGGGAUAGCCGCGCCACCGGACGAGAUAACUCGUCCGACGUCCGUUCACGUCGCGGUGGUUCAACAGCUGCUCAACUAGAUAGCGCUGGCCACCGCGAGAGUCCUCUAAUGGAGGUGGAGGAGGAGGAAAGACGCUCUCCACACGAUAUCGUGGGGAUCCUUGUGUUCCCGAGAGCUUCUUUGAUCGCGUAA